AUGCCUUCAGCCCUUGACACCAACAUGAGGUUCAAGUUCUCGAUCCUGGCUCUUCUUCUGGAAGUGAUCAUCAUUGUUUUGUUUGGAAUAUUUGUGGAAUAUGACACCAGUGAUGCCUCUCAAACUUUAUACCCACUCUUUCAGGAUGUCCAUGUGAUGAUAUUUGUUGGGUUUGGUUUCCUGAUGACCUUUCUGAAGAAAUAUGGAUUCAGCAGUGUUGGCAUCAACAUGCUCAUUGCUGCCUUCGGUCUCCAGUGGGGAACCCUGAUGAAAGGAUUUUGGCAUGCGAAAGGAGGGAAAAUUAAUGUUGACAUCGUAAGCAUGAUAAAUGCAGACUUCAGUACAGCAACUGCUUUGAUUUCAUUUGGAGCAGUCUUGGGGAAGACAAGUCCUGUUCAGAUGCUGAUCUUGACAAUUCUGGAGAUCACAAUCUUUGCAUGCAAUGAACAUCUAGUUACAGAAAUACUUCAGGCCACAGACGUUGGAGCCUCAAUGACUAUCCAUGCUUUUGGAGCUUAUUUUGGUUUGGCCGUAACCCUAGUCUUGUAUCGCCCUGGUUUGAAAAACAAACACGAAAAUGAAGAAUCUACCUAUCACUCGGACAUAUUUGCCAUGAUUGGUACCCUGUUCCUUUGGCUUUUUUGGCCCAGUUUUAACUCUGCCAUUGCAUCUGGAACAACUCACCAGACUACAGCAAUUGUCAACACUUACUAUUCCUUGGCUGCAUGUACUGUCGUAACAUUUGCCCUCUCCAGCCUGGUGGAUCAAAGAGGCAAAUUCAGUAUGGUUCUCAUUCAAAAUGCCACCCUGGCAGGAGGAGUAGCAGUGGGUACCUGUGCUGACCUGUCAAUCCACCCUUUUGUUGCUAUGUGCAUUGGGAGCAUUGCUGGAAUCAUCUCUGUCCUUGGGUUCCACUUCCUGACUCCUUUGUUGGCAUCCAAGCUGAACAUUCAAGACACUUGUGGAGUUCAUAACUUACAUGGUUUACCUGGAAUACUGGGAGGUAUUGCUGGCAUCAUAGUAACUGCAAUAAAAGAGGUAGAUAGGAACGGUGUCCGGCUUACUCCUGGCAUGCAGGCUGCUGCCCUGGGCAGUACAAUUGGAAUUGCACUGGUGGGUGGAGCAUUGACAGGUGGUAUUCUAAAGUUGCCCUUCUUGGGACAAGCAUCUGACCAGAACUGCUUUGAUGACUCUGUUUAUUGGGAGGUUCCAGAAGAGGAGAAACCACGUGAAAUUCACUCCAACAACUAUGAUGAGCACAGCAGAUUUGAAGCCACCAUGUAGAAAAAGAAUCCGUCUGUAACAUUUGUCCUAAUGAUGCUCUUUUCAGUUUCUAAUGCUAAAAAACAACAUCCAAGUAUUGUCCUAACCGCACUAAGUUAUCAAGAAGGGGCUGUAGCUAGUUAUAUUUUUGUGAUAUAAAACAAGCUUAAUUUUAGAAUACAUAGUCAUUGUGACAAGCAUGGGUGAAUUAAUUAGAUCCUUCCAAUCUAUUUGUUCAUCAGAAAAACCCACCACAAACUGCUCUACAAAAUGAUCCGUAUUUUACCUUUUUUCAUCACUGAGUAAAUAUAGCCAUUGAAACAAUCUUUGUGUUUCAAACCUAUUACAGGAUACCGUAUUUAACUGUAAAAUUUCUGAGUUACAGUCACAUCCUUCAACUGUGUAGGAGUAAUCAAGAAGAAAUGGAUUGAUAUUGUUUAUUUGGAUUCUAACAAGCUUUUCAUCAGAGCAUCCCAGAUUAACUUUUUAAGAAAGUGUGUUGCCCUAUUUUUGGAUGGGGGAGAAAAUGUGCUGUACUUUGAAGAUUGGUUAUGACAGAAAACAAAAUGUUAAAAUCAUUUUC